AUGGAGCACCUGACAGAGGCCGAGAUGUGGGCCGUUGCCACUGUGUGGAACAUGCCUAAGAAAGGAGGGAAGCAUGCUGAAACAGGAAAAGAGGUGCAGUGUAAACGGGCAAAGGUGGAAGCAGCUUGUUCUCCGUCAGUCAUGAGUUUUGAGAGCCCAGACAGCCUCUUUGGAAGUUUUAUCUUUCCCAUCGAACAAGAGAAGUUUUUCAGGGAGUACUGGGAGCAAAAGCCGCUGCUUGUUCGGAGAAAUGAUCCUCUCCUGGCUUCUUACUACCAGUCCCUCUUCCAGUUGUCAGAUUUGAAGGAACUGUGCAGCCAGGGUCUAUACUAUGGUCGAGAUAUAAAUAUCUGCAGAUGUGUGAAUGGCAAAAAGAAAGUUUUAAAUAAAGAAGGCAAAGUGAAUUACAUGCAGCUGAAGAAGGAUUUUGACCAGAAAAAGGCAACAAUACAGUUUCAUCAGCCUCAGAGAUUUAAGGAGGAGCUAUGGAAGAUACAGGAGAAGCUGGAGUGCUACUUUGGGUCUCUGGUUGGGUCGAAUGUUUACAUUACUCCCCAGGGGUCACAAGGCCUUCCCCCUCACUACGAUGAUGUUGAGGUGUUUAUCCUUCAGCUAGAAGGUGAGAAACACUGGCGACUCUAUAAACCAACAGUGCAUUUAGCUCGGGAAUAUAAUGUUGAAUCCGAAGAGAAGAUUGGGAAUCCCACACAUGAAUUCAUAUUAAAGCCAGGUGACUUACUGUACUUCCCAAGAGGGACUAUUCACCAAGCUGACACUCCUCUUGGGAUCUCCUAUUCUACACACGUGACCAUCAGUACCUACCAAAACAACUCCUGGGGAGAUUUCUUACUGGAUGCAAUUCCCGGCCUAGUGUUUGAUACAGCAAAAGAAGAUGUGGCACUACGGACUAGCAUACCAAGGCAACUGCUGAUGCAGGUGGAUAUAGCUGAAUCAACAAAAAAACUGAGUAGCCUUUUGAGAAGGCUUGCAGACCGUCUGGAAAACACCAGAGAACUAAGAUCAUCUGACAUGAAGAAGGAUUUCAUUAUGAAUCGGUUGCCACCUUUCUUGGGAUGUGACUCUGAUCCUUUGACUCCAGGUGGGAAAUUGCCAAAAAUAGAUAGCAAAAUUAGACUGCAGUUUAGAGAUUAUGCUAUUGUCACAGUGGAACCAGAUCAAGAGAAUUCUGUAAUGGUGUGGGAAAGUAGGACAUACCUGCUGAUCAGUACACACCCUAUUGUGUCAUAAAGGAUGCUGCACUUUGCCAAAGGAUUUUUAGUGUUUUGGUUUUUUUCCUCCCCCCAGCAGACACAUGGACUGCGGUUCCCUUUGUCAUACUUGGAUGCACUGAAGCAGAUUUGGAGUAGUGGCACUAUUAAUGUUAAAGAGCUUAACCUUCUCUCAGAUGAAGAUAAAGAAAACCUUGCCUUGUCACUGUGGAGUGAAUGUCUAAUUGAAGUUAUUUGA